CCCUCCUUCAUUCCCCUCCCCUUCCUUCCCUCUCCUCCGGAACCCGAUCGAUAAUCCCCCUAUCUCAUGUCCAUUCCGCUCUCGAUCACUAUUCAUCUAUAUUUAUCGGUUUUACCCUGAUCAGACCAUUUGGCCAAUCAACCAUAUAUAACACCAACAGUUUGGAGUGCUUUACAUUGCCUAGUGAACUUUAUUUGUGGUCUUAGCAACAGAAGGAAUUGAGAUCAGCAUCUAUGGCGACGGUCGUGUGCCAAGGUCUACACUCAUCAUUGGUCGACCUUCCACAGAAGGCAGAUCCGCCCUUACCGCUGCCUCCAUCAAUGACACUACGGCUCAAGCUGGCCCCGGCAAAGCCGGCCGACCUCGGUGGCUGGAGCUUCCUCCAGUACUCCCUCGACUCCGGCACCGACAAUUCUCCACGACAGGAUCAAUCGGCCGCAAAGGCAGCUGUCAGUGAAAAAGACGGUUAUGCCCCUCCCCCGGCGAGGGAGCCGUUGGUGAAGCUCAGCGACAGGAGCUUGCAGCUGUGCACUGAGAAUCUCGGCAGCGAGACCGGUACUGACGUCAGCGAAGAGGACAACAUAUUCUCCAACGUUAGGAAUUCCGAAAUCCCCAUAAAGUCCCCGACAGCGAUGACACGCCAACCCUCCGGGGGCAGGAAGGUAAAUCCACCCCGUGAGAUCCCGCCACCUUUGACCACGAUGAGGGGAGCAGAGACCCUCCAAGUCCAGGCCCACCGGGAGGAAGGCCGUCUCAUCAUCAACGCCGUCAAGUCGCCGCCCAGACGCCCGCGUUUCGUGGCCGAGCGCACUGAUGGCCGGCUCCGGCUCAGCCUCCUCAGGGCCGAAAUUCCGGAUACCGAUAAGGAUAGUCCCCACUUGUGCCACCAAGAAGUGAUCAACGAAUUUCAAGAGAGUGAGUCGUCGGUGGGUGAUGAUCAAAAUCAUCCGCCAAGUAUAGACACCGAACUGUCCAAUGGACCGGUUGAGAGAGUAUGUAUGAGCAACGAAACUGGGGAGGUGAUCGAACUAUCAUCCAUAAACAUGGAAUCUUUCUCGUUCGAAAAGGAGGAUCCUCGAGAAGACGAAGAGAUAAUUACGACUGGGAAGUUUGUUCAGAGGUCGAUUAUUAGGAUAAGGUGCAAUGAGGGGGAGCACGACCACUGCCGUCAUCACCAUCAGAGCAUGAUAUUGUUGAAUUGGGAGCCUCUAUGGGUGGCUACCUCUUGAAAACGAAUCAUACUAUUAGUUAGUAUCGUGCGUUAAUUUUGAACAUCUUCCCUAUCAUUAUCAUUAUCCAUUUUUAUGUGUAAUUUUGCGUCAUUUUAGUCGUCUGCCUCGGAUGCUAAUUAAUUAAUUAUUAAUUAAUCAAAUCAUAUA